UGCUACAGCCACUGACAUUUGUGAGAAAAUAAACAAAUUAUUAUUGUUUUGUUUAUGAAAUAUGCGGCAAUAACAAAAAGUAGAUUAUUUUAUAAUUUCUAACAGAAAUGCGAUAUGUUAUCAAGACAAAUGUUAUAGAAAGAUGUAUAUUGAACAAAAUUAUAAAUAGAUCUUCAGUGAAAUAAGUAUAUCACUCAGCUGCUACGAAAAUGGAAAGACGUAAAGCGAGUCCUGAACAAUUAAACAUGCUAUUACAUUUCUUGGAGGAGGAUAAGGAAUUAGCUAUAGGUAAAUUCACUGGGUUAGAAGGACGUAUUCGGCAAACCAACGCAUGGAUCAAAAUCACAGAAAAACUAAACGCCAACUCGGGAUUUGGGUCCGGUGCUAUUAAGACGCCGGACAAAUGGCAACAGACCUGGAGAGAUUGGAAAUCAAAUGUAAAGAAAAAAGCUUUCAAAAUUCGCAAGAACCGGUUUACACCAGGCUGUAACACCAACAUUCAGUUGACGGAGGCUGAGGAGAAAAUAUUAAGACUUAUUUGCACAAAUACAUCUGUAUUUGGUAUUUCUGGAGUGCCUGAAACAGCUGCUAUCUCAAACUCAAUGGCUCCAUCUCAAAGCAAUGGUGUGAAUGAUAUCAUGUGUGGGACAGAUCCAUCCACCAGUACUAUGAAGUGGCCACCAGACUCCCAGCAUUUUACACAGGUGGAUCUAAGCAUGGCAGUUGAUGAUGUAAUAACUACAGAAGUGGAAGCAGGGAUGGGACCAAAUGAAGUAUCCUCGGCACCGAACACAGGCAAACCAUUAUGGAAGAAAGGGAGACCUGUCCGACUAGUGCAUGACAGACUUCUUGUAUUAGAAGAGGAGAGAAUAAAAAUUGAAAAGCAAAAACUUUUAGAAAAAAAGAGAUGUAAUAAUAUAAGACUGAAAAUGGAAAAGGACAGACUGGAUAUUGAAAGACAAAGAAAUGUUUUAUUAGAAAAGUUGCUAGUUGCUGUAGAAGCCGUAGUUCAUCGAUAAGCCGGUGCAAUUGUAUAUUAGACAGUACGAAUUGCAAUAAUAAGGAUAUUAAAUUAUCAUAUGCCAUUAACUUGUAAGAAUGUGAUAAAAACUUUUUUUUACUGUAUUAGUUGUUUUUUUUUUAUUAGGAAAAAUCGACAUCCUAAUGUAUGUUCCAUAAACAUGUGUGAGGGCUUUACGGCGAGUGGUCUAUGUUCAAGUACUUUCCCGCUUUGUAUAAGAUAGUUGCAGAAUGCCAGUAUUAAUAAAUAUUUUUCUUUUCAAAACACGAAGCAUAAAUAAAUAAAAUAGGAACAA